AUGGUUUUGGGUGCCUGUGUGUGCGCAGGAACAGAGAAUAAACUGAGCUCUCUCUCUGACCUGGAACAGCAGUACCGAGCCUUGCGCAAAUACUAUGAAAAUUGUGAGGUAGUCAUGGGCAACCUGGAGAUCACCAGCAUCGAGCACAACCGGGACCUCUCCUUCCUGCGGUCUAUCCGAGAAGUCACAGGCUAUGUCCUGGUGGCCCUCAACCAGUUUCGGUAUCUUCCUCUGGAGAAUUUACGCAUAAUUCGCGGAACAAAGCUGUAUGAAGAUCGUUACGCCCUAGCGAUAUUCCUAAACUACAGGAAAGACGGCAACUUUGGACUUCAAGAACUUGGACUGAAGAACCUGACCGAAAUUCUAAAUGGUGGAGUCUAUGUAGACCAGAACAAAUUCCUGUGUUAUGCUGACACCAUACACUGGCAAGAUAUUGUUCGGAAUCCAUGGCCUUCCAACAUGACUUUGGUGUCAACAAAUGGAAGCUCCGGAUGUGGAAGAUGCCAUAAGUCCUGCACUGGACGAUGCUGGGGACCCACAGAAACUCAUUGCCAGACCUUGACCAGGACUGUGUGUGCUGAACAAUGUGAUGGCAGGUGCUAUGGACCCUACGUCAGUGACUGCUGCCAUCGGGAAUGUGCUGGCGGCUGCUCAGGACCAAAGGACACUGACUGCUUUGCCUGCAUGAACUUCAAUGACAGUGGAGCCUGUGUUACUCAGUGCCCCCAAACAUUUGUCUACAAUCCCACCACCUUUCAACUGGAGCACAAUUUCAAUGCAAAGUACACAUAUGGAGCAUUCUGUGUCAAGAAAUGCCCACAUAACUUUGUGGUAGAUUCCAGUUCCUGUGUGCGUGCAUGUCCUAGUUCCAAGAUGGAAGUAGAAGAAAAUGGGAUUAAAAUGUGUAAACCUUGCACUGAUAUUUGCCCCAAAGCAUGUGACGGCAUCGGCACAGGAUCAUUGAUGUCAGCUCAGACUGUGGAUUCCAGCAACAUUGACAAAUUCAUCAACUGCACGAAGAUCAAUGGGAACCUCAUCUUCCUUGUCACGGGGAUUCAUGGGGACCCUUACAAUGCAAUUGAAGCCAUAGACCCAGAGAAACUGAAUGUCUUUCGGACAGUCAGGGAAAUAACAGGUUUCCUGAACAUACAAUCGUGGCCUCCAAAUAUGACAGAUUUCAGUGUCUUCUCCAACCUUGUCACUAUAGGAGGAAGAGUCCUCUACAGCGGACUCUCAUUGCUUAUCCUCAAACAACAAGGCAUCACUUCCCUACAAUUCCAGUCUCUGAAGGAGAUCAGCGCGGGCAACAUCUACAUUACUGACAACAGCAACCUGUGUUAUUAUCACACCAUUAACUGGACAACACUCUUCAGCACCAUUAACCAGAGAAUAGUGAUCCGAGACAACAGAAGAGCAGAAAACUGUACUGCUGAAGGGAUGGUGUGCAAUCACCUGUGUUCAAAUGAUGGCUGUUGGGGACCUGGGCCAGACCAGUGCCUAUCAUGUCGGCGCUUCAGCAGGGGAAAAAUCUGCAUAGAGUCUUGCAACCUCUAUGAUGGGGAGUUCCGAGAGUUUGAAAAUGGUUCCAUCUGUGUUGAGUGUGACGCCCAGUGUGAGAAGAUGGAAGACGGACUACUCACGUGUCACGGACCGGGACCAGACAACUGCACAAAGUGUUCCCAUUUUAAGGAUGGUCCAAACUGUGUGGAGAAAUGUCCUGAUGGCCUACAGGGAGCUAACAGUUUCAUUUUCAAGUAUGCGGAUCAGGAUCGGGAAUGCCACCCAUGCCAUCCAAACUGCACCCAAGGGUGCAUAGGCUCAAGUAUUGAAGAUUGCAUCGGCCUGAUGGAUAGAACUCCACUGAUAGCAGCCGGAGUCAUUGGCGGGCUCUUCAUCCUGGUCAUCAUGGCUCUGACAUUUGCAGUUUACGUCAGAAGAAAAAGCAUCAAAAAGAAACGAGCCUUGAGGAGAUUUCUGGAGACAGAGUUGGUAGAGCCCUUAACCCCCAGUGGCACGGCACCCAAUCAAGCUCAACUGCGCAUUUUGAAAGAAACAGAACUCAAGAGGGUAAAAGUCCUUGGCUCGGGAGCUUUUGGAACCGUUUAUAAGGGUAUUUGGGUGCCUGAAGGUGAAACAGUGAAGAUCCCCGUGGCCAUCAAGAUCCUCAAUGAGACAACUGGCCCCAAAGCCAACGUGGAGUUCAUGGAUGAAGCCCUGAUCAUGGCAAGCAUGGACCACCCACACCUAGUUCGCCUACUGGGCGUGUGCCUGAGCCCCACGAUCCAGCUGGUUACCCAGCUGAUGCCCCAUGGCUGCCUGCUGGACUAUGUGCAUGAACACAAGGAUAACAUAGGAUCACAGCUGCUGUUGAACUGGUGUGUCCAGAUUGCUAAGGGAAUGAUGUACCUGGAAGAAAGACGGCUUGUUCAUCGGGAUCUGGCAGCCCGUAACGUCUUAGUAAAAUCCCCAAAUCAUGUGAAAAUCACAGACUUUGGACUAGCCCGACUUCUGGAAGGAGAUGAAAAGGAAUACAAUGCUGAUGGUGGCAAGAUGCCGAUUAAAUGGAUGGCUCUGGAAUGCAUACAUUAUAGGAAGUUCACCCACCAAAGUGAUGUUUGGAGCUAUGGUGUCACAAUAUGGGAACUGAUGACCUUUGGAGGAAAGCCUUAUGACGGAAUUCCAACCCGAGAAAUUCCGGAUUUAUUAGAGAAAGGAGAGCGUUUGCCUCAACCGCCCAUCUGCACCAUUGACGUUUACAUGGUCAUGGUCAAAUGUUGGAUGAUCGAUGCCGACAGCAGGCCUAAAUUCAAGGAACUGGCUGCUGAGUUUUCAAGGAUGGCUAGAGACCCUCAAAGAUACCUAGUUAUUCAGGGUGAUGAUCGUAUGAAGCUUCCCAGCCCAAAUGACAGCAAAUUCUUCCAGAAUCUCUUGGAUGAAGAUCUGGAAGACAUGAUGGAUGCUGAGGAGUACUUGGUACCCCAGGCUUUCAACAUCCCUCCUCCUAUCUACACAUCCAGAGCAAGAACUGACUCCAAUAGGAGUGAAAUUGGACACAGCCCUCCUCCUGCCUACACCCCCAUGUCGGGAAACCAAUUUGUGUACCAGGAUGGGGGCUUUGCUACACAACAAGGAAUAGCCAUGCCCUAUAGAGCCACAACCAACACCAUACCAGAAGCUCCAGUUGCUCAGGGUGCAACAGCUGAGAUGUUUGAUGAUUCUUGCUGUAAUGGUACCCUACGCAAGCCAGUAGCACCCCAUGUCCAAGAGGACAGCAGCACGCAGAGGUAUAGUGCUGACCCCACAGUGUUUGCCCCAGAACGGAACCCACGAGGAGAACUGGAUGAAGAAGGCUACAUGACUCCCAUGCGUGACAAGCCCAAACCAGAAUAUCUGAAUCCUGUGGAAGAAAACCCUUUUGUGUCACGGAGAAAAAAUGGAGACCUUCAAGCUUUAGAUAACCCGGAAUAUCACAGCGCUUCCAGCGGCCCGACCAAGGCUGAGGAUGAGUAUGUGAACGAGCCCCUCUAUCUCAACACCUUCGCCAAUGCCUUGGGGAACGCAGAGUACCUGAAGAACAGCGUACUGUCUGUGCCCGAGAAAGCCAAGAAAGCAUUCGACAACCCCGACUACUGGAACCACAGCCUGCCACCCCGGAGCACGCUUCAGCACCCAGACUACCUACAGGAAUACAGCACAAAGUAUUUUUAUAAACAGAACGGACGUAUCCGCCCCAUUGUGGCAGAGAACCCUGAGUACCUCUCUGAGUUCUCGCUGAAGCCAGGCACUAUGCUGCCCCCUCCGCCCUACAGACACCGGAAUACUGUGGUGUGA